AUGGUUGCUAAUACAGUCCUAUUGGUACUCGUCUAUGUUGACGAUAGCAUAACAACUAGAAGUGCACCUUAUGCGGUUUCUUCCCUAAUUUUGAAAUUGGAUAUUGAAUUUACCAUAACAGAUUUGGGACGCUUAAACUAUUUACUUGACAUUGAGGCUCAUCACUUGUCCAAUGGUAUUUUCCUCACACAGUCCAAGUAUGCCAUGGAUUUACUAAACCGGACUGAUAUGGUUAACUCAAAACCAUGUUCAACACCAAUGACUCCAUCUGGGCCCAAGCUUACAAAAGACACAGGAUUGACAUUUCCAGAUGUUACAUUAUAUAGAAGCACAGUGGCUACUCUUCAGUACCUUACAUUGACUUGUCCUGAUCUCUCAUUCUGUGUGAAUAAGGUAUGUCAGUUUAUGCAGAGUCCAACAUUGAAUCAUUGGAUGGCUAUCAAACGCAUACUUCGCUACAUCAAGGGCACCACACAUUAUGGAAUCCAAAUUAAACCAAUUGAGAAAUUCGAACUCACCGCCGCAUUCACUGAUGCUAACUGGGCUGGGUGCCCUGAUGAUCGCAAGUCAACCAGUGGUUUCUGUGUUUAUUUUGCUCCAAAUCUAAUUUCAUAG